AUGUCGUCCUGUGCUGUUUGUGGUGAUAGAGUGUAUGGAAAUCGCUACAAAGCACCCGCAUGUCUAGGCUGUAUUGUUUUCUUCCGUCGUUCAGUAUGUAGAGAAGCUAAAUAUAAGUGCUUAAAAGGAAAAAACUGUGUCAUCACAAGUGAAACUCGAUGUAUCUGUCGUUAUUGCCGUUUGCAAAAAUGUCUGUUAGUUGGUAUGAGUCCCGAAGCCAUUCAUCGUAGAGAUAUUAUGGGUCCAAGGAAAAAGAAGGUACCAUCCGUUAAUUCGCCCUCUGAUACUUCGUCGUUCGCGGUCGAUACACCGUCAACAAGCACUUCGAUACAUUCUAAUUACGACAGUCCUGCUCCCGCUAACACUUGGAUGCUAGAUCAACUUGUAAAACUACAAAGUCGACAACGAAGUCAACACUAUUCGUCCGCUUGUAUGAUGGAAGACACCAUUGGAUGUGGUUCUGAUAUUUUCGAUAAAAUUUAUAAUUAUAUAGCGAAUCCACCAUUUCGUCGAGCUAGGAAGAAAGAUGUUAACUUCAUGCUUCGAAUCGCUUUGAUGAACGCGUCAGAGUGGGCAUUACAGUUUGUGCCUUUUAAGAACUUGAAUAUGAACAUGCAGAAAUCAAUACUUCUCGAAUAUGGCUUUGCUUUCCUUCUUGUGGAUCAGGGAUGGUUGACAUCUGAGCUGAACGAGAACUUCAAAGACCUCUGGGUUAUUCAAAACAACACUUAUAUGAGCCCAGAUUAUCUCAAAGGUCUACCAGAAGUUGAUUGUUAUGACAAAGAGGUUCCUACAAAAGUAAAACUGCAUCCGAUUUUUGUCCGAGACGCACUGGAUUCUGUAGGAAAACCAAUGCGAGAGCUUCAAAUCGACGAGUACGAAACGGCUGUUCUUAAAACUCUUCUACUCCUUUCUCAUUCUCCUUCUACAGACAAGUACAUUUUCGGAGCGGAACAUGAUAAUGAUGUCAACCACCUUCAGGAGAGGAUCACGUCCGAACUAAUGCAAUAUUGUAAACGAAAAAAUCCCAGGGAUGCCGCUGUCAGGAUGGGAUCAAUCCUCCUUCUCAUUUCUGGUGUUAGAUGUGCUAUAAGGUCUCUAUACAACCAAUUACGGGUUUCCGAUGUCUUCAACUUCAUGGAAUUUCAUUCUCUCAUACGGGAUGUAUAUCUAACCUAA